CAUGCAAACAUCCGGUUUUCAGGAAAUGGAAAUGAAAUCGCAACAAUGUUUUGACACAUACCUUUGACGCAGAGAGUCUUGCCUAAACUAUAAUUACCUUUUCUUGCAUUGCUGCCCCCCCCCUCCUCACAUGUUGUUGAAACACGGAGGUAUGUCACGCGGCUCGUCGGGCCCUGAAGCUGUGGUUUGGGCUCUCUAGUUAACGCUGUCGACAAAUGGAGGCUGGCAGCCUGGUCUCAUGCAGAGAGGACAUUUCUUCGCUGUUUCCUGAGCAAACGCCGGGUGCCAAAUAUAAAGAUUUAAGCAGCCAAUUUUCCUCCGUGAGACAAGUGCGGGGGGAUGGAAACUGCUUCUACAGAGCCCUGUGCUUCGCACACUUGGAGUCAGUGCUGCACAGUGCCAGGGCUUUGCAGAGAUUUAAGGAGACAAUUAUACAAACCUGCAAAGAUUUUGCUACUGCGGGAUUUGAUGAGAGUUCCUUUAAGCACCACCUGAACACGCUGGUGAACGUUGUGGAGCAGUGCCAGGCUGAUGAGCAGGAAGACCGGCUCCUCCAGCUCUUCAAUGAGCAGGCGACGUCUGACAGUGUGGUGCAGUAUCUCAGGCUGCUCACUUCAGCGCACCUGCAAAACCAGGCCGACUUCUUCUGCCACUUUGUGGAAGCGCCCAAUCUGCUAGCCUACUGUCAUCAAGAAGUGGAGGCCAUGGCGAUGGAGUGUGAUCACGUGGACAUCUUAGCUCUGUCACAGGCGCUGGGUAUUUGCAUCCACAUCGUCUCCAUGGAGGGCGAUGAUCAGCAGUUGGCUCACCAUGUCAUUCCAGAGGGUGCUGAACCCUCUUUGCACCUCCUCUACCAAACAUCACAUUAUAACAUUCUCUACCCACGACCUCAACACUGACCAGUCAUCCAGCAGGAUUCAACUCAGGAAUA